AAAAGCUGGACAAAAAAAGAAGAGUUGAGGUUAUGUUUUUAAAUAUACUAUAAAUAUUUAUAUUUCAAAAAUGAGUGAUUCAGAUGAAAAAACAAAUAAAAAACGAUCAAUUGAAUCGGAAGAGGGUUCUGAUUCAGAUGGCUUUGUUGGACCUACAUUAGCCGAAGCUGCGAAGCCGAAAAAGCGCAAAAUUCUCCAGUAUGAAAAUCUCUACUUGGAAAGUUUACCUUCUUCAGAAUCUUACGAAAAAAGUUACAUGCACAGGGACAUUGUAACGCAUUGUGUUGUCUCUGCUACUGAUUUUAUCAUUACUGCAAGUUACGAUGGACACAUAAAAUUUUGGAAAAAAAUGGAAACUGGAAUUGAAUUUGUAAAACAUUUUAGGAGUCAUCUAGGACCCAUUGUAAAAUUAACUUGUAAUAGCGAAGGAACCUUACUUUGUUCAGCAUCUUCUGAUAAGUCCCUCAAGAUAUUCGACGUGGUUAAUUUUGAUAUGAUUAAUAUGAUGAGAUUAGAUUUUGUUCCUGGUACAGUAGAAUGGAUACAUGGUUCAGGGGAACCCAUACAUACUUUAGCUGUGUCAGAUAAAGAAUCACCAAAAAUUUAUGUAUAUGAUGGUAGGGGAGAUAAUAAACCAAUUAAAAUACUUGAAAAGAUUCAUAUGAAUCCCAUUGCACUUAUAAGGUAUAAUCAUAGAUUUGAUGUUGCUAUUUCAGUAGAUAAAAAAGGAAUGUUGGAAUAUUGGCAAGGUAGUAAACAUGAUUACGAUUUCCCAAAAAAUGUGGCAUUUGAUUCUAAGUUGGAUACCGAUCUUUUUGAAUUUGCUAAAAAUAAAACUAUACCAACUGGAUUAUCAUUUUCCAAUGAUGGAAGAAAAUUUGCAACUAUUUCCACUGAUAGAAGAAUUAGGAUAUUUAAUUUUGUUACAGGAAAAUUGUUAUUAGUUUUGGAUGAAAGUUUACCAAGGUUUACGGAGCAUCAACAAAAGACACAACAAUUACCAAAUAUGGAAUUCGGUAGAAGAAUGGCAAUAGAAAGAGAUUUAGAAAAAUCCGAGAGUUUUGAAUUAGCAAAUGUCGUUUUUGAUGAAAGCGGAUAUUUUAUAAUGUAUGCUACUCUUCUGGGAAUCAAAUUGAUUAAUAUACACACUAAUAGAUGUGUUAAAAUUAUAGGAAAAAAUGAAAAUUUAAGAAUGCUCAACAUUGCCCUUUAUCAAGGUUCUGCGAAAAAAUCGAAAGCAGCCGUUACUCUAGAAAUAGAAGCCUCAAAUAACCCCACGUUGGAUGCAAUCCUUCCAGAUCCUACAUUAAUCUGCACUGCUUACAAAAAAUCGCGGUUUUACCUGUUCACUCGUAGAGAACCCGACGAUUUACAAGGGGAUCAAGAUAGAGAUGUUUUCAAUGAAAAACCAUCUAAGGAAGAUACUCUAGCAGCAGCGGAAAACCCUGUAGUUCAACGUUUAUACGAUAACGCCAUUCUUCACACAGUUUUCGGAGAUAUCCACAUCAAGUUGUUCGUUAAAGAUACACCAAAGACUGUAGAAAAUUUUUGUGUACAUAGUAAAAAUGGAUAUUAUAACGGUCACAUAUUCCAUAGAGUUAUAAAGGGAUUUAUGAUCCAAACAGGUGAUCCAACUGGUAACGGUACAGGAGGAGAGAGUAUUUGGGGCGGAGAGUUUGAAGAUGAAAUUCGUCCGCAUUUGAAACAUGAUCGACCAUACACGGUAUCAAUGGCUAAUGCUGGUCCAAAUACAAACGGUAGUCAAUUUUUCAUCACCUUAACUCCUACUCCAUGGUUGGAUAACAAACAUACAGUUUUUGGUAGAGUAGUUAAAGGGAUGGAAGUUGUGCAAAAUAUCAGUAACGUCAAGACAAAUGCAAAAACUGACAAACCAUAUGAUGAUAUUCGCAUAAUUUCAGUUACUGUUAAGUAAAAUGAACAAAAAAUUGUUUUUGUAAUGAAAAAUAUAAAAUAAGUUGUUUUACAA